GAGAGAGAGAGGCAAGAGGACACACAAGUCCAUGGGGAUUCGAGCAGCCGCGUGCUCUCUGUUGUUCGCUGCUCGCGCCUCAACCACUUGCGCUUUCCGGAUCCAAGCAGCAGCGCGGCCGUGCCCUCUCGGAUUCCCAGCAGCAGCAUCCCGCAGAGGAUACAAGAGCACAACCACGGCAAUGUCGACUCCAGGAGGCAACGAGCUCGUAAUGGACGCCUUCGCGAUGCGACAAUUUACGGACGAGAGCUACACAGGGACCAAGGUGGCCUACGACCCACAGGAAUUCGAGGAUAAGGUGAACGAAGUUUUCAGGGCCGCUGGAGGGAAGCUGGAGGAAGGAUACGCCCCGUUCUGCAAGCACGUGUUCGUUCCUAACUUUGCCGGCGUAAAGACGAGCACGGUCAAGAUCACACCGGAGAACGAAAAGCUGUUGGUCACUGGUUACGAGGCUCGAACAUCCAAGGAACUACCGAUUCUGUCGCGAUGGUUUGAGUCCGGCACGGUGGAAACGCCAGAGGCGAAGUUUCUCGACAUCAUCUUGUACAGCCGAGAACAGAUCCGUAAGGAAACCGCCGCGAUGGGGAAGGAAAAGGAAGACUCGGAGGCCCCGUGGGGGAUAAUCUCGGUUAAGUCGCAGGACGUGGACCACGAGAUCCCGAUGCAGCCCAUCACCAUGAUGCGCAACGCGCUUGGGAAGGAGGAGGGGGGGUCUGGAGUGCCUUUGGAGCGGGAGAAAUACAUGCAGAGUGUUGAAUUUUGGAGGGAUCACGCCCCUGUAAAAUAGCUAUUUUCGGGGCUUAUCGUAUACUUUUACUGCUGAGCGAGCAUGGCUGUUGGAGGAGUUCUUGGAGGAGGCCCCACCACAUAACAUUGGAACCUCUUAUCUUUGCCGAAGGCUCGUUUCUUGCUUCCUCUGCGGGAAAACUCAACAGCAAUGAUAUUGGUGUUAUUGUGGGACUCUUACUUGUUGUAGUACCUGAUCUUCCGUCAAGUUCUGCAGUUGCUCCGUGAGGUGCCCAACCAGUGAUUUUGCACUGCAUACAUACAGUAGGAUUCUCAACUGAGCACCUCCGCUUCUUAUGGCCAGUUGAGCCUGAAGUUGUUUGCUAACUCCUAUGCGGUUAAGUGGCGGCGCGUGCUGGAUUUAUUCCACUGCUCUACAACAAUCGCCUCCAACAAGUUCAUUUUGAGAUCGGUGGUUGUCGUGGUGCAACCAGACCCGUGAAGCUGGCAGGUCAGAGUUCCCGCAUUCUGUUUGUUGGGACGGGUGUGUGCGUGCGUGUGUAGUUUUUGCCCUUUUGCUCGGAACCACCUUUUGUGUGUGAUAGUCGGUGAUCUGCAUCAAAGGCAUGCAGAUGACGGGCCAGCCAUGCACCCUCCCACGGAGCAAUAUUCAUUGUAGUCCCCAU